AUGAUCAUGCAGAUAAAUAAAUAUCUAAUCAUCUGUUGUGUUGUGAUUGUUGUGGUUCACAGGACAGAAUGCAAACCAUCUAGAAAAUUUAUCGAAGAUAUCGACGACGACAAUAGAAAAUUGACGACCAGUGACAAAGGAGUCAAACAGAAGUCCAACUUCAAACGCAUUGAUUAUGACAAUGGAGACCAUUACGAAGGUGAGAUCAAAGAUGGAAAACGAUCCGGAAAAGGUACUCUUAUCUACGCUGAUGGCAGAAAAUAUGUUGGUCAGUUUAAAAAUGAUAAAUUCCAUGGAGAUGGCAAGUUUAUUUGGAAAAAUGGGGAUAUGUACGACGGCGAUUUCAAAAAUGUUCGACGGAUAUGGUUUAUACAAAUAUGCAAAUGGUAA